UCUUCCCAGUCAAAAAAGUUGAUUUGCGGCAGCAAAGCCCGAGACUUGUCCGCAGUUCUCCGCCGACAAUUGCACAAAUUGGUUGAUUUUUCGUGAAAUAUAAGUAAUCAGCAUUAAGUACAUAGUUGCUAACAAGCUUGAAAUAUGAUGCAAAGUAUUGUCAUCUCUCUGGCACUCUGUGCCACAAUCUGUGCUGCUGCUCAGACGCGUAACACGCCCAUACAGGCCAUUGCCUAUGUGAGCGGACCCGUCCAAGCUGAUGGCAGCCAGGUCAAGGGGAACGUUACCUUCACACAGAAUGACUGCGGCCAGAAUGUCCAUGUGCGUGUUCAGUUGGAGGGCCUGAAGGAGGGCAAACACGGCUUCCACGUUCACGAGAAGGGAGAUCUGAGCAAUGGCUGCACCAGCACGGGCGGUCACUAUAAUCCCGACAAGGUGGAUCAUGGCGGUCCCGAUCAUGAGGUGCGCCAUGUGGGCGAUCUGGGUAACCUGGAGGUCAACUCCACGGGCGUCAUUGACAUCACGUACACGGAUAAGGUGAUCAGUCUGACCGGCAACCGUGGCAUUAUCGGACGUGCCGUUGUUGUCCACGAGCUGGAGGACGAUCUCGGACUGGGCGAUCACGUGGACUCCAAGAAGACGGGCAAUGCGGGUGGCCGUAUCGGCUGCGGUGUGAUUGGUGUUAAUGGCGUCGCACAGCAGCUUCAAGAGGCAGCACCAAUACGAACACCAUCAGCACACCAUCAUGUCCAUCCCCAGCCCCCACUGUACUAUGUGCCCCAUGAGCAGCCACAAGAUCAUGUUCUCUAUCCACUCCAGCGCUAUCCCUCGUACCCAUACCCACCAUAUCCGUAUCCGUAUCCGUAUCCGUAUCCGCACCCGUUCUAUGUGUGAAUCCCACUACUAGCCGAAGAUUAGAAUACAUCUGUGCACCCACUCUACUUACAGCUCGGAUGUGGACGAGUGGCCAUGCCGCGAUGGCGGCGCCGGAGGUCUGCGGAGCUCUCUCUCCAUUCUCGCCGUUGUCGUUGCUCUCUUCCUCUCGCGCAGCGUCUAACACUCGCAUGAUGAGAGCCGAGCAGAGCAUGUGGCAUGGGAUCGUUCAUCUUGCACACACACACACACACACAUACCAAUUAAUAAUACUCCAACAGCAUUAUCCACCCAAAACUAAAACACUGCAGAGAAUAAUCAGCGUUACUUGUAUUACGUUUUGAAAUGUUUGAUAAUAAAAUUUUGUUAUACAUUGAA